UUUUAAAAAUGAGCCGCUUUUUUGCAACUGGAUCAGAUUCUGAGUCUGAUAGUGCCUCUGAGGAGGAGCAAGUUCAAAGAGCACCAACUACAGCUUUCACGUUCAGCGAUGAAGAGGAAGAAACUAAGAGAGUUGUAAGAUCAACAAAAGAAAAAAGAUAUGAAGAAAUUGCAAAUCUCAUAAAACUCAUAAGAAAUUAUAAAAAGAUUAAAGAUAUGAGCAGCAUGUUGUCCAGUUUUGAAGAUUUAAUGCGUGCUUAUCAAAAAGCAUUACCUGUAAUAGCAAAGGAAGAAGGUGGUCAGACACCUCGUUUUUAUAUCAGAUGUUUAGUAGAAAUGGAAGAUUUUAUCAAUGAAGUGUGGGAAGAUCGUGAAGGUCGUAAAAAUAUGUCAAAAUAUAAUUCAAAAUCUUUAACUUCAUUGCGUCAAAAACUUCGUAAAUAUAAUAAAGAUUUUGAAGAAGAUAUAGCAAAAUUUAGAGAAAAUCCGGAUCAGGAUGAUGAUGAAGAAGAAGAGAAACCUGAAGAAAUUGUAGAAUCUGAGGAAGAGGAAGAUAAUGCAAUUGCUUUUAAAAAAGCUGGAUCAGAAGCAAGUGAACCAGAUACUUCUAAAUUUAAGAAAAGCGUGGCUGAUGGAGAAGAUGGUAGCGAAAGUGAAUCUGAUUGGGGUAGUUCAUCAGAUAGUGAGAGUACAAGUAGUGAAGAUGAAGGCCAGUAUCAAAAUAUACGUGAACGAUUUAUUAAAAAAGUGACAGAUAAAGAGGAGGAGGAGGACAAAGCAAAACGAAAAGAACAGCGAAAAGAACGAAAAGAAAAAGAACGGAAAAAAAAGAAAGAUGAGGACGAUGGAGAAGGCGAAUGGGAAACUGUCAAAGGUGGCGUGGCUAUUCCAUCUGAAAAACCAAAAAUGUUUGUAAAGGAUGCGGAAAUUAAUGUGGCUGCUGUCUUGAAGAAACUUUCCGAGAUCAUUGCAGCACGUGGUAAAAAGCGUACCGAUCGCAAAGAACAAAUUGAGCUUUUACAUGAAUUGCAAUCCAUAGCUGAUGCUCAUAAUCUUGGACCAGCAGUAGCUGUGAAGAUCAAGUUUUCUAUUGUGUCCUCUAUUUUCGAUUACAAUCCGAAAGUAUCGGAUGCAAUGAAGCCUGAAUAUUGGUCAAAAAUACUGGAACGUAUUACGGAAAUGCUUGAUAUGCUAUUGAAUACGAAAGACAUGAUAAUUGCCGAGAUUGUAUCAGAAGAUGCAGAAGAAUAUGAAACAGCACCAUAUAAAAUACAUGGAUGUGUAUUAACAUUAGUGGAACGUUUAGAUGAGGAAUUUACUAAAUUAUUAAAAGAAUGUGAUCCACAUAGUAAUGAAUAUGUGGAAAGAUUGAAAGAUGAGAAACAAGUAUCCACAAUAAUAGAUAAAGUUCAAGAAUAUUUAGAAAGGCAAGGAACUGUUUCUGAGCUUUGUCGUGUAUAUUUACGUAAAAUUGAACAUUUGUAUUAUAAAUUCGAUCCAAAUGUUCUUAAACAGAAAGAAGGAGAACUUGGUUCAGAUGUAGCAACAUCUGUACAGAUUAUGGAAAAACUUUGUAAAUACGUUUACGCUCACGACGGAACGGAUAGACUUAGAACCCGUGCAAUUCUUUCUCACGUCUAUCAUCAUGCUCUUCAUGAUAACUGGUUUCAAGCACGUGAUCUUAUUCUAAUGUCCCAUUUACAAGAAACUAUUCAGCAUUCCGACCCAGCUACACAAAUUUUAUAUAACAGAACUAUUGCUCAUUUGGGCCUAUGUGCAUUCCGUCAUGCAAACAUUAAAGACGCACAUAAUUGUUUAGUUGAUUUAAUGGUAACUGGUAAAGUAAAGGAACUCUUGGCACAAGGUCUUCUUCCACAAAGACAACAUGAGCGUAGCAAAGAACAAGAAAAGAUCGAAAAACAGAGGCAAAUGCCGUUCCAUAUGCACAUCAAUUUAGAACUUCUUGAAUGUGUUUAUUUGGUUUCCGCGAUGCUCAUUGAAAUUCCGUACAUGGCUGCACACGAAUUUGAUGCGAGAAGAAGAAUGAUUUCCAAAACUUUUUAUCAACAAUUAAGGUCUAGUGAACGUCAGUCGUUAGUUGGACCUCCAGAAUCUAUGAGAGAGCAUGUUGUUGCAGCGGCAAAAGCAAUGCGUAAUGGAAAUUGGUUGGCUUGCAAUAAUUUUAUUAUUAAUGAAAAAAUGAAUGCUAAAGUUUGGGAUCUAUUUUAUCAAGCGGGUAAAGUUCGUGACAUGCUUACAAGAUUAAUCAAAGAAGAAGCUUUGAGAACAUAUUUGUUUACGUAUUCGCAUGUGUAUGAUUCGAUCUCUAUGCCAAAAUUAGCAGAGAUGUUUCAAUUGAAGCGACCUGUUGUUCAUUCUAUUAUUAGUAAAAUGAUUAUCAACGAAGAACUUAUGGCAUCUUUGGAUGAUCCGACAGAAACUGUUGUAAUGCAUCGUAGCGAACCAAGCCGUUUACAAUCAUUAGCGUUACAACUCACUGAUAAAGUGAACAAUUUUGUGGACUCUAAUGAACGUAUUUUCGAAAUGAAGCAAGGAAACUUCUUUUCACGAGGAAAUCAAGGAAACUUCCGUGACAGACAAAACUACAAUCGACAGGGACAUCGUAAUCGAGAUCGUAAUCGAGAAGAAAAUCGAAAUUAUUAAAUCAGCAGUCAUUGAAUGAUAUUUAUGUGGGUGUUUAACACAGGAUUAUCAUUAUACCAUGCAUACACUCAUGUAAAUAAUAUUGAAAAUAACAGUAUAUAAAUAAUCAUACAUUAUUUUAGUGUAUAUUCAUAUUUCCAUAUUUGCUACUAUUUACAUAUAAAAA